UUCAGUAACAUUCCGGCUUCGGGAGGGAGAGCACGUCUCUCGCUCCUCGUCCCCGUAAAAUUUCCGUGUAAACCCCAUGUGAUGUUUUUCGCUCGUUAGGUUCGACGGGAGUGACUUAUGUGUUGAUAUCCGCGAUGACUCGUUACACCCGAGCCGUUAAAAAGGAAAUACAUUGAAUAAAUCUCAUUACUGUGGACGUAAAAAUAACAAAACCGUUGUGUUUAAAUUGAGAUCGUGUUUUCGUAAAAUAAUUACAUGGACUGUUUUGACAUUUAAGUAAUUAGUGUGGGAAGGAAGGAUAGAUGUGUGCGUUAUUCGAAAUUUGAAUUUUUUUUAAUUCGGUCAUGCCGAACGAAGCAGGCAGCGUGUUCCAAUGGGAUAAGUUGUCGCCAGCCGAGUUCCAGCAACUGCAAGAACUUACUUCUUAUUCAAACAGAAAACUUCAAGAUGUACUCAACGAGCUAUGCGAUGUUAGAAAACAGAAUCCUGAUGGGGACAUCGACUAUGAGGGGUUCAAGUGGUUUUUGGACACGUUUCUCGAAGUUUCCACGCCUGAUGAACUUUCAAGGCAUUUAUUCCUGUCAUUCGUUCGGCGGGACAAAAGGCCGGCGUUACGAGAAAUGGCGGCCGCUAGUUCGACUGCCGCCUGCGCAGCUGUCACCGCGCAUGGUGAUCAUUCGGGUAAACUAAGUCUGGCGUCUAAGAUCCACGGUCUGGCGGAACGUCUGCAACAGCUGGGAAAGAGUUCUGGAGAUUCUCUUGAUGGAGACAAAGGUUCUAGAAGCAGGACUGGGAGCGUUCACCCCAUGUUCUCAGUGACAACCCAUCCAUCUUACUCCUCCCAUGAGCUUGGAGUUGGUCGAAAUGAAACCAGCCCUUCACAUAGCCAGAUGUCCAGGAACUCUAGUAGGAAAAGUAGCAACUCGCUGCGAGUGAACCAGUCUACUAAAAUUGAUGAUUACAAGCACCUAAUGCGUCGUUCAUCAACUCUAGAGGUUCACACAGCUAGAGUAUCACUAAAAGACAUAGUCUGUUACCUGUCUUUGCUUGAAGCUGGUCGACCGGAGGAUAAACUUGAGUUCAUGUUCCGUCUCUACGACACGGACGGUAAUGGCGUGUUGGACACCAAUGAAAUGGACUGCAUUGUGAAUCAGAUGAUGACAGUCGCGGAAUAUCUUGGCUGGGAGACUUCUGAGUUGAGACCUAUUCUCCAAGACAUGAUGGUAGAAAUCGACUAUGACGCGGAUGGCACAGUGUCCUUAGAUGAAUGGAAGAGAGGAGGCAUGACAACAAUACCUCUGCUCGUACUUUUGGGUUUGGACACAAACGUGAAAGAAGAUGGCGAACACGCGUGGCGUUUGAAGCAUUUCAACCGACCGGCGUAUUGCAAUCUGUGUUUGAACUUGCUGGUCGGUUUGGGGAAAAAAGGACUUUGUUGUAUAUUCUGCAAGUUCACAGUCCACGAGCGUUGCGUUCAACGCGCGCCUGCGUCCUGCAUCGCGACCUACUGCAAGUCCAGACGUGCUCCAACCACGCUGUCGCAUCAUUGGGUUGAAGGAAAUUGCCACGGCAAAUGCGCUCGGUGUCGGAAGAAGAUCAAAGGCUACAACGGAAUCACUGGAUUGCACUGCCGAUGGUGUCAUAUAACAUUGCACAACCGGUGCGUGGGCAGCGCGGGCGGGGCGUGUUCUCUCGGGCGGCACGCGGCGCACAUCGUGCCGCCGCCCGCCAUCCGCCCGCUCGUGCUCGACCGACAGCGCUCGCUGCCGCACAGACAGCACCACGAACAGCAACUCCUCCCCGUCUCCAUCUCCCUUCCCACUUCCAUAGCCGCGGAAGACAAGAAGAAGGAACACCGCGCUCCCCCCAUAUCCUUCCAAAUCACCCCCCCUCCCGGUUCCUGUCCGUUACUCGUGUUCAUCAACCCCAAGAGUGGGGGGAGGCAAGGGGCGAGGGUGUUAAGGAAACUGCAGUAUAUUCUCAAUCCGAGACAAGUACAUGAUAUCACGAAGGGCGGGCCUAUGCAGGGUCUCCAAAUGUUCAAAGACGUGAAGAGUUACCGUGUGAUUUGCUGCGGUGGUGAUGGUACCGUCGGCUGGGUGCUUGAGACUAUGGAUAAAAUCCAAAUGGAAACGCAGCCGGCGGUGGGUGUGAUACCGCUUGGCACUGGGAAUGAUCUGGCCAGGUGUUUGAGAUGGGGUGGAGGAUAUGAAGGUGAAUCAAUACACAAAAUAUUGGACAAAAUAGCCAAAGCCAGUACUAUUAUGAUGGACAGAUGGCAGAUUGACAUUGAGAAUAUCACUCAUGAUUGUGAACUAGUACAGAUGCCCGACUCCGCUCCACAUCCGACAUCUGUUCCAUACAAUAUCAUCAAUAAUUAUUUUUCUAUUGGUGUGGACGCAGCAAUAUGCGUAAAAUUCCAUACAGAACGAGAAAGAAAUCCUGAUAAAUUCAGUUCGCGAAUGAAGAACAAGCUUUGGUACUUCGAGUUCGCGACGUCGGAACAGUUCGCUGCCAGCUGCAAGAAUUUACAUGAAAAUAUCGAUAUUGUGUGUGACGGUACAGCCCUACCACUACGUCGUGGUGGUGCCCUACAGGGUGUAGCACUUUUGAACAUACCGUAUGCACAUGGUGGUUCUAAUUUGUGGGGAGCUGGGCCUAGACCGCAUUUACCGGAUAAACAGCAGGAUAUCGGUGACAAAUUAAUCGAAGUUAUUGGUCUGGAGAAUUGUUUACACAUGGGACAAGUUAGAACUGGUCUCCGAGCAUCAGGGCGUCGUUUAGCGCAAUGCAGUUCAGUGACAAUAACAACUAAACGAACAUUUCCUAUGCAGAUAGAUGGCGAACCGUGGAUGCAGACACCUUGCAAGAUAACGAUCACACACAAGAACCAAGUUCCUAUGCUAAUGGGGCCAGCGCCCGAAAAAGGCCGAGGUUUUUUCAAGCUGUUCACACAAUGCUAGCCGUCCUGCUCACUCAUUCCGUAAUUAAUGAUAUUAUAAGUAAAAAUCAAAAAAACACGGCCAAGUGCGAGUCGGACCCGAGCACGAAGUGUUCCGUACUAAGGGAUCCCUUAAUAUUUUACUUUUGUUAAUUUUUAGUAUUUGUUGUAACGGCAAUGGAAAUACAUCAUAUUUUGUGAAUUUCAGCUUUCAAGCUAUCACGGUUUAUGAGAUACAGCCUAGAGACAGACAUACAGACAACGAAGUCUCAGUAAUAGGGUCCCAUUUAACACUUUGGGUACACCCUAAAAACACGC